AUGAGACGCUUCGGGAUCGAGCCAAUAUGGACAUCGGAAGAUACGAGGAAUGCUAUCCUGGCUAGCCUGAUACCUGGUGCCACUGCUUUUACAGCAUUUGCUGUAUUUGCAAAUGAUCGCAACGUUGUAGAUUGGUGGACACAUGCAAAGAAGCCAAACUGGGCUCCAAAGGAUCCAGUGGUAUAUUCUCUUUUUGAUAUUGUGACACUUAGCCCGUUGGGAUAUGCAUCCUAUCUUGUUUACAAGAACGGAGGUGGUUUGCAUUACACCGAUACGAAGGUAGCUCUUGGAUUAUAUGGGUUAAACACGAUCUUUGCUCUCACAACAAUUCCUUUAAUCAAGAAGAGGAAUUUUACUUCCUUGUUUCGAAACACUGUGCUUUUGAAUGCAACAGCAAUUGGUGCAGCAUUCGCAUUUUACAAGAUCGACAAAACAGCUGGAGAAUGUAUCAGAACAUUAACUUUGCUUAAACAUAGAUUCGGUUUCCUCUGUGCGUCAAAAAAAUCGAAAUUAUAG